CUCUCUUUCUCUCUCUAUAAAAUUGUGUGGAGAGGGAAAGGAUUGGAACUAUUACAUUGUUGCCAAGAUUACAUCCCCUGCAAGAAUUAUUGAUUUUCCGGCUCUUUUGUUUGGACCACAAACGCACGCACAGCUUUGAUCUUUUGCGUAAUCUUCAUCUCGUUAAAUUCUUAAAUAAUAUCAUUUACUGUUUUCUUAUUUUUACAGAGAUAUAUAGCACCUGUAUUAUAGAUAGAUAGGGAGGGCAGGUAGAUUCAGAUAGACAUGCUCACUUCUCAUCACCUUCCUAGGAAUUUCCUUGCAUUUCACACCACCAUAUCACCAUUUUCUUUGAACCUAUACAGUGUUUGUCUUAUAGGGACAAAUCUCUUCUUCUUAUUAUUUUUCAUUUCGAUCUCUCUUCUUUCUCCUCGAUCCAAAGGCUAGGAUUUCUUCAUCUGCUUUAUCUGAUCCUAUACAAUUUUUUUUUUUUGCAUUGAUUUUUAUGGUGUUUUAAGAGAUGGGUUUGAGUUCUAAGCAGGUUUCUAGUGAUGGGUUAGAUUGGAGCCAGACCCUUUUGCAGCAGGCACAGACCUUGGAGCUCCCUAAACCUCCUCUUUUAAGGCGGCAACAGCAACAAAACCAGCAGCAAUCAGAGCCCUUGAAGUGCCCGAGAUGUGACUCAACCAAGACCAAGUUUUGUUACUAUAACAACUACAACAAGUCACAGCCAAGGCAUUUUUGCAAGACUUGCAAGAGGCACUGGACUAAAGGUGGCACUCUCCGCAAUGUUCCUGUAGGCGGUGGCCGCAAAAACAAGCGGCUGAAAACGUCAAAAAACACUUCCAAAGCCGCCUCCGCAGCCGCCACUACAAGCGCCACUAGUACAAGUACCAAUAAUGGCAAUAUCAUUAACAGGGUUGAUCCCCAAAUGGUAAUUCAAGCUCAGCAGCAAAAGCAUAAUCAUCCUCUUACACUUGGUGAUCAGAAAAGCGUAUCUGAAAUUAAGUGUCAAGCAAUGAUUAGCCCACUCUCUUUAGCUUUUCAACAGAAUUCUAUGAGCUGCAGCAACUUUUCCAGCAAAAAUUUCAACACUGGGAACAAUGGUGUCUUUAUGGGUCCAACUUUUUCUCUUCCCCAAAAUCAAGGGUUGCACUUUCCUUAUUCAAGCUCAAGCACUUUUGAAACACACCCAUCUUCAAUUUUCACCUCCUUGCAGCCCUCAAAUCUUUAUAACUACAGUAGCGGAGAAGCUAUGGAAGAUUCAACCAUCACUACCGUCAUCCCUACCACAAGCAACAUUAUCACUCAUCAGCUAUGGCAAGUGCCAAAUGCAAGCUGUGGCGUGGACAUGACAAGUUAUUGGAACUGGGAUGAUAUAGAUACUUUUGUCUCCACUGAUCUCAAUAUACCCUGGGAUGAUUCUGGGCUCAAACCAUAAUUAAGGCGGCAUCGAUCAAUUGACCGUGUGUAUAAAUCCUUUUAUUUUCUUCUUUUCUUCCCCUUGAUCUUUAUCAAGUAACUAUAUGUUGUUGGGAGUUUGUGUUUGAUGGAGAUCUCAUUUGUAAUUUCAGAGUCAAAAUUCAUGUGCUUUCUGUUUUUCAGGUCAUUUAUAGUGUAGUGUAACCAUUAUAGUACGUAGACUAAUUGAAGUUGUCCCUUUUAGUUUCAGCUUCAGGCUAAUAUAUAUAUCGAGUGUCCAUUCUGUA